UGUGAUUGGCGGAGGUAUGAGCGUACCGCUUUUGCACCAAACGGAGCCCAGGUUCCGGGUCUGAGAAGGAGGUGGAGGGUGAAUGAGGGCCCGAGGAGUGAUGCUGCUACGGGGACUGAGCCGGUGUCUGACGGUCGGCAUCAUUCGCGGCUUCACCCCACCUCCAGAAACUCCCAGGCUGUCCUGGGCCGCCGCCAGGCUUCGCUUUCACUCGGCGGGGGUUUUUGGGAUUCGUGAGCAAACACUGGUGGCUGUGAAACCAGAUGGAGUUCAGAGGCGGCUUGUGGGCGAAAUCAUCCAACGCUUUGAAAAGAGGGGAUUCCAACUUGUGGGACUGAAACUUGUGCAGCCCACUCAAGAUGUACUUUCGGAGCAUUAUCAUGAUCUGCACGAGAAACCUUUCUAUUCUGCGCUGAUCCAAUACAUGAGCUCGGGACCGGUCGUUGUUAUGGUUUGGGAAGGUUGUGAUGUUGUGAGAGUGUCUCGCAUGAUGGUGGGUGAUACCAAUCCUGCUGAUGCUCGCCCAGGAACCGUGAGAGGAGACUGGUGUGUUCACAUAAGCAGAAAUGCCAUCCAUGCCAGUGACUCGGUUGAAGUGGCCAAGAAAGAGAUUAGCCUGUGGUUCCAUAGCAGUGAGCUGGUAGAAUGGGAAAGUUGUACUCACAAGAACACCUACAAUAUUUAAAUAACUCAGCUGAAUCGUUGACAACAAUAACUACCUCCAGUGACGGUGUGUCUGAUUGUGUGUAUUUCACAUUAUAAAGCUAGAGACUUAUCUCCA